AAUAGAUGGUGGUAUGCACCUACACUGGUUUGAGACCCGCUAUUAAAUCACAGAAGAAGACCUAAACGGGGGCUCUGACGGGGCUAACGUCAUCAAAGAGUAUACACUUCGACGUCAUUACGUUGCCGAGUAGAGACUUGCGCUGACUGACGAGCGGGAGAAUUUGGUUUCCAAAUAAGAACAAAUAUUGCUACCAGUUGCGAAACGUAGAAUAAACAUACUUCACGUUUCAGUAAAUCAAAAUGGCCAUGAGGAGUGAAUCCAGAGUGGAGGCAGACGUAGAGGAAGAUGAAAGCUUUGGACCACAACCUCUGAACAGAUUAGAGCAAUGUGGUGUCAGUGCCAGUGAUAUAAAGAAACUGGAGGAUGCAGGCUUUCAUACCAUCGAGGCAGUGGCAUAUGCACCCAAGAAAGAGCUGCUCAAUAUCAAAGGCAUCAGUGAGGCCAAAGCAGAUAAAGUUCUGGCUGAGGCUGCUAAACUAGUGCCCAUGGGCUUCACCACUGCUACAGAGUUCCAUCAGCGACGCGCUGAGAUAAUCCAGAUCUCCACUGGUUCCAAAGAGUUAGACAAACUGCUUCAAGGUGGGAUUGAGACUGGCUCUAUCACAGAGAUGUUUGGAGAGUUCCGAACAGGGAAGACACAGCUGUGCCACACCCUGGCAGUCACUUGUCAGUUGCCCAUUGACCAGGGUGGUGGAGAGGGCAAAGCCAUGUACAUCGACACAGAAGGGACUUUUAGGCCAGAGAGACUCCUGGCUGUAGCUGAGAGGUAUGGGCUGGUGGGGAGUGAUGUGCUGGAUAACGUGGCUUAUGCCCGGGCCUUUAACACAGACCACCAGACCCAGCUCCUGUACCAGGCGUCCGCCAUGAUGGCUGAGUCCAGGUAUGCUUUGCUGAUAGUGGACAGUGCCACAGCCCUCUAUAGGACAGACUACUCUGGUAGAGGUGAGCUGUCUGCCAGACAAGGCCAUCUGGGACGUUUCUUACGGAUGCUGCUAAGGCUCGCAGACGAGUUUGGCGUCGCCGUGGUGAUCACCAACCAGGUGGUAGCCCAGGUGGAUGGAGCAGCCAUGUUCUCAGCAGACCCCAAGAAACCCAUUGGGGGAAACAUCAUGGCACAUGCCUCCACGACGCGACUUUACCUAAGGAAAGGCAGAGGGGAGACCAGGAUCUGUAAAAUCUAUGACUCGCCCUGCCUCCCCGAGUCAGAAGCCAUGUUCGCCAUCAACCCUGACGGAGUGGGUGACGCCAAGGACUGAGCAGGCCUUAAUCCAUACUUGGAGGGAGGCACAAGGCUGGCCAUGUGACUUGUGCCUACUCACCUUCUCACCAACCCAAGCACCCAUUGCACAACAGCACACUUUCGUAGUGUGCACAAUAUUCAGGCCUGAGAUGACAGGUAGAUUAGGGAGGUACAGGUCCCAAAAGUUGGUUUGGUUCUUUUUUGGACCAUUGUAAUGCAGAGAAGAAGCAGGGGUGUCCACAGUACAUUCUGUGAGAACACAUUGUAUAGGGAAUUUAACAGUUUUUUGUGCUUUGGUCUAAAGUGACGCACAAAAAUGCCCAUGCCCACACUAUAAGAACCUAUGUCUUAUUAAAGUUUUGAGAGGGAUAGCGGGCUAAAGAAAAAAAAACUGCGAUAUUAGAUCUUGUUGAAAAUCCUCUGGAUGGUUUUUGUUAUAUUAUUUGAAAAUGUAUUUGUGUAUUUGUGAUCCUGUGUUUUAUGUGUGGUUUCUAGCAGUCUGGUUUCCUUGCUUUUUGAUCUAAACAUUACAAUGACUACUAAAUGUAUUAUUGAAGAGCAGUUGCUUGACCAAAAGACUAGUUGUCCACACAGUACAUUAUUUAACAUUGUGUGCCCUGAAGUAAAUUCUAAAACCUAUCCUUUAUAUUAAAUGUUUUAUCUGUGUUUUCUCUAGAGUCUUCCGUCACUUAGAUAAUCUAAUUUACGUUUACGCUAACAUUUUGCAUAUAAGAAGCUGAUUUAUUUGAUGAGAAGUGAUUUCAGAAUUUGGAGUGGUUUUAGUUAGCAGGUUAGCCAUGAAUCAGAUGUUUUUCAACAAACUAAUGGAAUUUAAAGAGUAGUAAUGACAUGUUUAGCAAUAUUAUUGUAUUUAUAAUAUGUCCUCCACACAAAGGAUGCUCAGUAUUGUGGAAUGUUGAAGCAUUAAGGGCAGCAUCCACUCGCAAUUUGGCAGUAUUCUAUUUUUCGAUUAAAUCAUGCUUUAUUAGCAUGAAUGAUUGAGCAUUGUUGCUAAAGCCACAUAAGAUUUAACAAAAUACAGUACCAGUCAAACUUUUGGACACAUUUUCCCAUAAAUAUGA